AUAAAAAUAAAACAAUCUGGAUUUGUUCGAUAAUCGUGUCUGGAGUGAUUUAACACGUCUACCAUUCAAAUAACUAACUCCAUGACCAUUUAAAGUUGAAAGGAUAGAAACAAGUAGAAAAUCAUACCUGCUCCUGAUGAGCCAGUUUCCCAGUUGUGUCCAAGUUGCUAUAGCAACACCAUAAUCUGGAGUGGCAAAAACAAGCUAACAAAUCAGCUACCUAGCUAGCAAGUGAUUUUUAAACGCAAAGUCUGUCUGACACUCACAGUCAUGAACCUCGUUGUUAAACAAAAAAAUAUUUGUAUGAAUGAGGACGAAGAGGAGCUAUUUUCUAAAGAAAUAGAGGAAAUUCGCAAGUUUUCACUGAGGGUGGGAUUCUUUGGUUCAGAUGCUUCUGUCCAAACCGAUGUCUCAGAAUUACCCACUGUCAAAUUACUAUCUGACCACACUGCUGAACUCAUAAAGGAUAUGGAUACCCUGAAAAAAGAUAUUUUUUUGAAAAUGAAGUUCAUACAGGCACACUAUGAGUCCAAACUUCAGCAAGAGGCAGAGUCCUUGUAUACUAGCAUGAAUGACAAAGUGAAGAAUUUGGAGAAUCAUCUUAAGGAGAAAGUAAAAGUUAUUCGGAAAAGUUAUCAACAACAAUUAAAUGAUGCAAUCCAUGUGGUCAGAGGCAGCUACAAGAAUUACUACCUUAAAAAAGGAGACAAUAUAGCUGCUGUUGCUAGUGACACAGGGAGACUGAAAGAUCUGAUGAAUGAGAUCCAAGAGAAGAACUUGAAGAUCCAGUGUAUGAGUGAACAGCUGAGGGAAUAUGAGGAGAGAGUCUUCAAAAAGAUCAGCUGUGAGGCUGUGGAUGACCCGGAGAAAGAAUGGCUGAGACAAGAGAAUCAAAAGCUAGAAGACGACAUUGCCUCCAUACACAUUGUCAUGGACCAGGUCCGCAAUUCCUUGGAGGCUAAAGAGGAGCAGUUGGAAGAUCUAGGUCACCAGAGGAACAGUUGGUGGCAGGCCAAGCUCGUCAAGGGCAGAAUGCCAGCCCAUAAUCUAACGGAUGUGAAAGCAAAGUUAGAGGACGAGAAAAAAGCCCUGCAAAAGAUGACCAGUGACUAUGAUCAUCUGAAAGUACAACUCAGCAUUGAGAAGGACACCGCCAGCAAGAAGAUGAAGUCUCUAAAAGAAGAGCUGGAAAAAGAAAUACAAAUCAUUGAAGACUUCCGCAAGAGUGAGAAACGUGCUGUGGAAAAGGAAGUUAAUGAGAAAUUGGAGAAACAAAAAAGAGAAAUGCUUGCUCAAGAGGCCGUCUUAAAAGCUCAAGCAGCAGCAAAACAGCCUGUGUUUCAGGUUGCUAAAGGGGGGGAGGAGUUGAUCCAACAACUUAAUGAGCUGAAAAAGAUGGAGACCUUACAGAAACAAGAAAUAGAGAAACUCCAAAAGCAGUUGUUUCGCUGUAACGGAAUAUGGGAGAAGAAAUUUGAUAUUCUGAAGGCGAGUUUCCAUGCCAUCAAAGAUGAGAUGUUCUUGCGACAAACGUUACAGCGGCAGGCAGCUUCACUGCAACAUGCCUCAGUCAGCUACAUGAUGGACAGUGCUGGUUCUUACCAAAGUCCUGUGUACAAUGGAUUGAAAAUGCCGAGCAGCUAUGCCACAGGGACACCUCUGCCCAACAUAGGUACUGGAGGUUUUCAGAAGAUGGACAGGACCGAUGAGAUCAUGGACAUCAGUGUGUUGAGUGGCAGAGGAACAGAUUGUUCAGAAUCCCAGAUGGAAUCAGGAGAUGAAGAGGAGCUGUGUGGAAUUCUUCCUCUUCCUCGCCCUCCAUCCCGUACCAGGCAAACAGCAUCCCUCAUAUCUGCAAUCUGCACUCCUUCAAAAUGACAAACCUAUACCAACGUUUUUGCUUUACAGACAAUUAAACAAAGGAGAAAGUUACAUACAUAUCUGAUGCAUUUCAGUAGCCUAAGGCUGCGUUUACACAGGCAGCCCAAUUCUGAUAUUUUUCCCACUAAUUGGUCUUUUGACCAAUCACAU